CUGUGUCAACAGGUUGUCUCUCACGCGGAGCGCGUACUGGUAAAUAAUUGAUGUUCGAUUUAGGUAACGAUCAGUAAAUCAAGCGCUUUUCCGAAAUCCUAGCAGUAACUCUUAAAAUCAAGGGUUUUUUUGCAUCGAAUUAAUCGAUCACCCCGCCGUUUUCCCGCCAUAGAUAUGGUUGCCCGCGAGGUGUUGCUGUCAUGCGCAGUGCUGUGUCUAUGCUUGUCUAUGAUCUGCGCCGACGAAACCAAAUCCAAAAACGUGGUCAAAGAGACCAAGGCAAAAGUGACUCAAACACCAAAAGCUUGUUACGAGGCCUUAGGAGUGCAGACAGGAGGUUUGGAUGAUAACGAUAUAUCGGCUUCUUCAAAACUCGAGAAUUUCACAGCGACUGACGCAUGGUGUUCGCCAACAACAGACGAGAACCAGUAUCUCCAGAUAGACCUUGGCGAGAAGACAAAGCUCACACGUAUUGCAACUCAGGGGGAUCUUCAGAAGCCGGAUAAACACGUGAAGAGCUUUGCUCUGCUGUACAGCAAUGAUGGCAAGAAGUUCCAGACCUAUGGAACCAGUGGCAACGAGGAGAUAUUCGACGGUAACGUUGAUUCAUUCACAGUGCACCACAACAAUCUAAAGACCCCUGUAAUUGCAAGAUACGUACGAAUAAACCCGCGGACCUGGGAAAAGGGGAUCUGCUUACGCGUGGAGCUGUAUGGAUGUGACCCAUGAGCAGCCUGAUAUUGCUUACAAUAUUGGUGGGUAAAAUGAAACCAAGAGUGAAAUGCCCUGGGCAAAGGAUCGACCAAUGUGCAAUGUAAAUAGAUGUAAAGGAAGUACAGACAGCUAGUUCUGAUGGAAUAUAAAGUAUUCUGAAGCAAAUGGACAAAGAAUAUUGUAAAAGCUAGUAGGUUGUGCUUACGUUAAUUCAAAAUAUGUUAUAUUUCAAGACUUAAAUAAAAAAUCCACAGUGGAA